AAAUAUCUGGACGUGCGGUGGGACCGAUCCUCCUGUUCGUCCGGCGGACGACAACCGGACCAAAAUCGAAUCUCCCGCGGCGUGUACUUUCCUUCCACCAUCCAGAGACGAAUACCGGAAGUAAAGCAAAAGAGAGGGGUAUCGCGAACCGGCGAAGCCUAAUAGCCGGGUCCCGACAAAGAGGCGCGUCUCCUUCGCAAAAAACGGAAGGACGAGAAAGCGAAGAACCACGGAAGAGUAAAGACGACCAGGAGAAACAGGAGGAGGAGGAGGAGAAGAAGAAGAAGAAGAAGAAGAAACAAACGUAGACGACAGGCGACAGAGAAGAAGAAAAAUAGAAAGGAGAAAUAGAAAGAAGGAAAAGAAGAGAUACACUGAGGUAAGAAAAUGAAGAGAAAAGAAAGAGAUGGAAAGAUAGAAGAAGGAAAGCGUAGGAGGAACGGCAAGAUAGAGAGUGGAAAGAACGUAUGGAGCAGUUUGGAGGAAGGAAGGAAGGCAGUCUCGGGGGCCGCAGCGAAGGGAGGCAGGAGGAUGCAAGAAGUACGAGGAGAAGGAGAAAAGAAGGAAGAGGAGUAGGAGUAAGCAAGGAGAAGGAGUAAGUAGGAAGGAGGAGGUCGUCGGUGGUGGAGAAGGAGGCGAAACGUGCAUGCAUGCAUGCAUGAGACAGGCAGGCGGACAAACAGGCAGGCAUACAGGCAGACAUAGAGGAGGAAGGCAGGCAAGGCAUAGAGGCAUACAGGCAGAUAGGCGAGUCGCUGCCGCAGCCGCAGCCGCGAUCGCGCGCUCCAAGAAGGGAAGUGGGGACAACAUAACACAGCGCGGCCGCGUGUGCAGACCGCUUUUGCAGAGCUUCGCUCGGCACACGGGGAAACGUUCCGCCUUGUACCGCUGCUGCUGGCUGCUGGCUGCUGCUGCUGGCUGCUGCUACUAGCUGCUGCUGCUGCUGCUGCUGCUGCUGCUGCUGCUGCCGCUGCUGCCUGCCGACUGUCGACUGCCGACUGCUACUCUCAGUCUGCCGGGCGGCCUCGUGCGCGCUUGGUUUCCAUCCGACGAAUCCGCGCGCCACGAAACUACCCGCGCUCGUUCUCGAGGCGGAACGGUCGAGCAAACGAUUACGAACGAACGAGCUAUAGGAGACGAGACGAAGGCGAGCGAGCGGGCGAGCGAACGAACGGACGAACGAUCGGACGAGCUCUCACAGGCCGUCGUCGUCGUCGUACGUUACAUCGCCGCCGAAAGCAUCGGCUCGGAAAACGAGAGGUGCUCGUCGUCACUCCUCGCCGGACGAUCGACGAGGAUCCGUGAGUGAGGCAGGUCGAGGAGCCGGCUCUCGUUCGCCGCGCGAAUCGUUGACGGCUCGAUAGCCGCCAAAGAGACCCCAGGGUGACCGCGUUUUCGCGCCUCGCCGCUGUUCUUCGUCGCUUAUCGUGUCCACGUGUUCCGCCAACUUUCACGAUUCGUCACGGUCGCAGGAACGGGGAAAAAAUAAAGAAAAAUAAGGAGGAAAAGACGAAGGGACAGAAAUGAGAGGAUGAUGUUAGUACGCGGGUGGUGAAUCAUCGAGUGACGUGAUCAUGAGACGAUUUUCAGUUCGGAAGCGGAAGACGCGUGUCUUUUGAAAUAAAAAGAGGAAAGAACAUAGACAGAGAGACGGAGUCCGAGAAAGCAAGCCGCUGGUGGUGCACAGGACAGGACACUCCGUUGGUGCUGUUCCAGGCUGGGGACCACACGCCGGAACGAAACGGAACAGAAACACGUCGCUUCUUCUACAGGUGUUUCGAAUCGAUUUCUCGGCUUCCGCCAAACGCUCUUUUCCCCUCGUUGUCGCGCCGUGCUUUUCCUCGUGGAUGGUGUGAUGUUCAGUGAGUUUCCUUCACCGGACACGUGAUCCGCUACUCUCGCACUGAUCCUGUCUCUCGCUCUCGUCGCGUGCCUCUUUCGGCAUUACAGUUUCUCUCGAGAGUCGCGUUUAUCGGACGUGAAGUUUCACCGGACACACGGAUUCCACGCGGAUCGUUAAUAUUCCAUCGAGAACGAGAAAGGACAGUGUCCCUUUACCGUAAGCCAGUUGUCUUAAAACCUGACACGAGUGUCAGUUAUUUCGAAUCGUUCUAAUUCCAUUCUAUAUGACAGGAAAUUAAGCAAGAAGAAAGAAAGGAAAAAAGAGACGAUCGUAAAAUUUUCAAUCGCGAGGAAGUCGGUAAAAUACAAAGGCGGUCGUUCCGAUGGAUCUUGACAGGCGGUGUGUCGCGUCACAACGACGUGUACGUGAAACUUUCUCGCGAAAAUGCAACCGAUAUUAAUCGCGUGCGAUCUCGCGUGGCACCGUCUCCGCGCGUCCUUAUAGUCGCGUGACACCGAUUCUCGGCGCAGAGCUCAGGUUGGACGUGGAACGGGCCGCCCCGUAACCGAAUUUUACGUCUUACGCACAGAGGCAGAUGGGACGUUACGUGAAAGACAUAUAAACAAAAUUUCGGAAUUCAGAAAAUCUUUUCGACUCGAGUUCUACUCGGUGGUUCCAUACACGUACAUAUAUAUAUAUAUACACAUACAGACUACGUCUCAACGUAAACUAGAUACACGUAAACGUAUACACGCUAUACAUAUAUACAGUACAGAGACGUAAGUGACAGAGUGGCCCGGUUAACAGUCGGUUCGAAAGGAGCCGGCACACGACUCGAGUUGGGGGAUCGUGACUGUAAACGAUCGAACGUUUCAGCGAAACGGUGUGUUAAAUGACGAGGUGGCCUAAGAGGUGGAGGUGGUGGUGGCCCGAUACGUGGUAAAACGGUCCGGACGAGAUUCGGGGAAAAGGACGGUCGCCACCGGACGGGGAAGAAGCGACAGCGGCGUGGCAGAUGAGAUGUGAAGCACGAGGACUACGCGGCGUGGAGCUGGCAGGAGCGAAGGCGGAAGUUAAGAAGCCAAAGCUGCCGAAGGCGGUCGCAGGGGCGGCGGUAGCUCGAGGGGGCACCUGGCGGGGGCCGCCUGAGAUGACGACCCUGCGACGGGGUAUCGUGGCACCCCGGUACAACACUUACGUCCUGGUUUCGCUGAUCGGACUAUUGCUUCAGACCCAGUCCGCCACGGGCGGCAUAUGCUGGUCUUCCAUCAGUAACGGUCGUUGUAAGGAAUUGUUGUCACAAGGAGUGACGAAGGAAGAUUGUUGCGCGUCGAACGCAGCGGCAGCGACCGCAUACUCCGAGGAAGACCUCGAUAGUGGAAGUCUCUUUUUCUGGAAGGUACUUGGAGGAGGUGUCCAGUGUCGUCCUUGCAGAGAAAGCUGCACGGAAGUAAGGUGCGAGGAAGGGAAGAAGUGCGUGGUGCGUAGAGGAAGACCAAGGUGCGUGUGCAGUCCUGAGUGCAAGGCACCAAGAGGAGGAGGUCCAGUUUGUGGGACAGACGGCAAGAGCUACAAAAAUUUGUGCAGACUGAAGAAACGCGCUUGCAAGAAGGGAAGCCACGAACUAGCGGUUGCCUAUAACGGCCACUGCCAAAGUUCGUGCGCACGAGUCCGGUGCGGCCAAGGCCGGAGCUGCGUGCUGGACCAGAACCUGAGCCCGCACUGCGUGAGGUGCGCCCGCAGGUGCCCCCAGCCGCCCCCGCAACAGCGAGCCGCCGCACGCCCCGUUUGCGGGGCCGACGGAAACACCUACAAGAGUGCCUGCCACCUGCGACUUGCCGCCUGCCGCGCAGGUCGCGCCAUUCCCGUCGCCUAUAAGGGCCACUGCAAACAGAACGCAGACUGUACGACGAUUCGUUGUCGCGAGGGGCAGACGUGUCUAUCGGAGAUGAAGUCGGGCCGACCACGUUGCGUGACCUGUACCUAUCGGUGUCCCCGGAAGCGGGAGCGCGUCCGGAACCGGACACACCGUGAUCGAGAUCCAUCGGCGACCAUGUUGUGUGCCACCAACAAUAUCACCUAUCCAAGCUGGUGUCACAUCGUCAAGGACGCCUGCGCUACCGGCUUCGUCCUCGAGACGCGACACGCCGGCCCCUGCAACGCCUACGACACCUCUCCUCUCUAUAUCGAGGAGGACAACACCUCGAGCAACUACGGCGUCGAUCUGGCGGAUGAGGACGCGAGAUUCGAGGACGCCGAAUCCCUCUCGUACAACGGGCAGACGCAUCGUUCUUUGGCGUUGUCGUAGCGCGCGAUCGAUCGAUCGAUCGGUCGAUCCUGUUCGCCAACACGACACGAGUCGUAGAUUUCUCCAUAGGUGCUCGCUCGAAGGAACCACGCGGAUAGGUGAAACGUGUCGCAAACGGAGAGAUAUCCUCCGAUCCAUUCGCGAAUCCACGAACGAUCCACGCGGAUAAUCGAAAAGUAAUCGGAUGAAAUUCAUUCGUUCGCGGAUCUACGUGGCCGAUCGAAGAAUAAUAAGUUAAAAUUCAUCAAUUCGCGGAUCUACGAACGAUCGACGUGGGCGAUCGAAUAAAAUCGAUCGAAGAAUAAAAUUCAACGUGAAAGAAUCAGACGACUACCGCGUCCAAUUCUCUAGAACCGAUCUAGAUCGUAUUAAGGAAAUGUCACGCGAGAUAUCGUGUGAAUUUCCGCUCGAACUUCCGGAGAACUCGAGGAACGACGCGUAACAGACAUGUUCGCGCUUCCUCUUCGCAGGUUAUACAAGAGCGUACAUAUAUGAACGCCAUUAAAAUCGCGUGGAUGCACGAGCGGCGAGAUUCGUGCCGGAUAAUGUAGAUUAAGGGCAGAUCAGUAUUCUUUUCUCCGUUUUCGGGAGGAUUUCGAGGUUUCGCAGGUUCGUUCGCGUACAAGUGACGAUUUCUUUUUGUUUUUUUUUUUUUUUUUUUUUUUUUCAUUCGAAAGGAAGCGGAAAACUGGCGAAUCGAGACUAAUUUAACACUUUCGUGAUCGAAGCGCGCGAUUUGCUACCAGUCGGGAGCCAUUCGCGCAGGUUUGUAUCUAUUGUCUCGGUGUACAUAAGUAUUUCACGAGUUUGACGCAGACAAUUGCGUAAGAAAUUGAUUAUUUCGCAUUUUGAGAACGUUUGAUAGUGUCGUCGGUUGUUCGAAUAGAAAAAUAUCUGAAUUUUUAAAAUUUCCAUAGUACUUUCUGUGAAAAAGGUAUUUUAGAAGUAUCAUUGGUGAAUUUAUUACAAAGAUAAAGUGUUUCUCCGAUGUUUUUAAGAGUACAAUGUUGGUGUAUAUGUUAACUCCGGUCGAUGAAAAUCACUAUUAUAAUAUAGAUAGUGUACGAAUUAAGCGAAGUUGUAAAUUGCUGUAAGUAUUGUUUCGUCAUCUGCUUUCUUUCUUUUGCCUUUUUAGCGUUAUUUUUAUUCGGAUCAGUUUUAAUCGAUAAUGUACCACAGUGUUCUUUUGUAUUAAUUUAUUAUAAUGUUAAUUAAUUUAUUGUUCGAAAUAAUAUGAAUAAACGAAGUCUGAUUGGAAAAUCGUGUUCAAAACUUCAACAUAAUACCAGCUUUUUAAUUUUCUUAUUUUAACAGGAUACACGGUGUAACGUGAACUUUUAUUGCCAACGCGUAUAUAAAAUACAUUUAUAUCAUACGGAGAUAGUAACGCGAUACAAGUCAAGUACGUGAAAAGUAAGCUUGUAAUAUUUUUAUUAUCGUAAUAUUAUUAUUAUUUUCAAUGUUUUCAUCCAUGCACGUUUUUAGCCCACGACUGCCGUUUAAUAUUGUAGAAUUCUGUACAUAGCACGUUUACUUUACGUUUAUACAUUAUUUCUUAACGUUAGGAUCGUAAAUCUCUCAUCGAUACUAAAGAGUAACAUUUACUAAUCCAGCAACAUUCAUUCACUAAUAUCGUUUAAACUGUCUGGUUACAUGUAUCGUAAUAAUAAUUCGCUUUAACCAAUUACAGCCAUACAAUUGUAUUGGCUCCUGACGAUGUAUCUAACAUUCGUUUUCAUAAAAUAAUCGCGAAAGUGUUAAUGACGUCGAUGAGUAAUAACCAUUCAUGAUCUUUUCGAGAAAACUUUCAAAUUAAUCAAUCCAUGUGCUUACUAUGGUUCGACGAGUAUUAUGUAAGUAGAUCAUUUUAGGAACUCAAAGAAUACGGAGCUAAUCCGAAAGCUUAAACGACUUAAGCAAGUUUCGCAGGACUAAUCGUUAGACCGCGGAUUUUUAUGCAUUUAUGAGAAAUUUAAAGAUGUAAAAAUACACAGAAAAUAUAUAAAAUAUUCAACUAAUUCUCCGCUUAGGUUCCAUUUUUCUAGUCGUGUUUAUAAGAUACGAAUUUGCAUAAAUAUCCACAGUCUAUUAAUCACAGUCACUUCAUACAAAUAUCCAGACGGCCGAAUUUAUCUUUACGAUUUUAAUUCGCAUAACUGGCUGGCUAUCGUUACAUCGUGCAAACUAGUUACACUUUAUUGAAAUAUUGCUUCUUCGUUAACACAUCGUGGAUAACGUUGGCCAUUAAUCGGUUAAUCUCUUGCCUUAUAAUAUCGUGUAACACUCGUGAUACGGCAAAUGAUCGACAUUCAACAAAGGCACGUUGUAUUUUCCAUUUUAAUUUUAAUUUCAUAAGUAGAUCGACAAUUUCAUAAUUAUUAAUUAACGCGAACUGAACAAAAAUAAAGUAAAUAAAUCGUGAGGCAAGGGGUUAAGAUUAAAUCACGAAAAUAUGAUCAUGUCGAAGCGCGUAAACGCUGUUGAAGCUUUGAGCGCAAACGUUAUUCGAAGAAAACCAGGCACAACGAUGGCUGAAUAAAAUCUUAGAGGUUAAAACUGAAUGCAAUAAGGAAAUUGCAGGUAUCGUAUACCGGCGACGUUCAGCUAGAAAAUAUUUGUCCGUGAUAAAACUCGCCAGGUAGUCGCACAGCGCGCAUUAGAAAAGUUACGGGAAUUUUUCACUGAAAUUGCGUCCUUGAAGAGGAAGGAAGAAAAUAGAAAACCGGUGUGGGGACAUGAUGUAUGCAUGAAUAUUUAUCCGUUACGAAGUUAAUAGAGUAGAGCGGUCGAACGAUGAAAAAGAUUUUCAAAAAGAGGCAGGAAAGACUGAAAAGCGGAGAGUGAAAUUAAAUUUAACGAAGCUUAUGGGAUCGACGGUAAUUUAUGAAAUUACAGUACGCGAUGUGUUAAUGGAUUUUAUAGCAGAGAUUGUAAUUUCAUCUAAAAGAGAAUAGGUGAUGUUUGAUGAUUUUAUUUAUUUAUUUAUUGUAACUGUUUCUAUGUGGAAUUAUUUAUUCUAAUUUGUGGAAUUUAUGAUCUAUUAUUAGUUCUUGUUGAGCAUGUUUGCCUGUUCUCUUUGGUUAUAUAAUUAUCAAUGUUGAAGCUUGGAAUAAUUUUAUAAAAUUGAUAAAGAUUCAUUGUGAGAAAAUUUUUUCCAGAAAAAAGGAGGAUGAUAUCUCUACUCUAAAGAAACAGAUGUUUAAUUAUGAGAAAUUAAAAUCGAAAGUUCCAUCAUCUUAAAAUUUAGCUUACAUUUUUUGUAAAGAGAAAAUGCUGACUUCGAAAUGCGAGUUACUUUCUAAAAGAUUCUGAUCGAGUUUAUGUUCCUUUCCUUUUAAAAUUCAGAUAGAAGAUUAAUUCUGAACGAAUCAGUAUUAUUCAAUUUUAUGUGAUGCAAGCAUAUACUAUGUGGAAUUAUAAUAAACGACCAAGCUGAAUCAGGAUUAACUCACAAGGAUCACUUGUUAACAAUCACUAGCAUUCGUUCAUUUCUUAUACUAAAGAAACAAAUACUAAACGCAACAAGGAUUAUAAAUUAUCAAAACAGUACGAUUUUUCCAAAUUUCGUAGCAGUUCAAAAAUUUUCUUUAAAAAUUUACAGAUUCUUUCGCUUCUUGGUCUUCGAUGAGUUAAAUAAUAUUUUUUUUUUUCUUUUCGUCAAAUCGACAAACUUUCAUUCCACAUUCAACGUAAUAUUAUACGAUAUUUCUGAUUCUUAAAUGAUAACUAGAAUUCCAUAUUGAUAUCGUUUCAUUUUCACUACCGUGUAUGUAUCAAUAAUUUUAUCCGCAUCGACCAGAAACCACUUUGUGCUCAGAAAUGGCAUUUAACGAUCGUGCGUUUAAGUUACGUGUUCUUAAAUACAUGUACAAUAUUAGACAGACCAUAUCUUCGAUAUCAGACAGCACCAUUUCCAAUCGUUUCAAUGCCUCCAGUCUGGCGCCAGUAGAAUUCCCAUAAUAUUCGUACUUAAUUUAUGUUAGUUUUACGACUUGCGUUAACAGCUCUGCUUAUUCGCUUACGUUAACAGCUCUCUGCUUAUUCGCUUGCGUUUUAUUGGUUACAGUUACGUAUCUCACAUUUUUUUCGAUAUUGUCAACGUUCUACGUGUAUCAUUUUUCAUCACUAUGACCAGGUUAGUUAUCAGCUACUAUGCGAUUAAAUUAAUAGGAAUAUAGAGGAAGAAAAAGAUCCAUGAAUAAGACAAUUUAACGAAGAAUGAUAGAAUGGUCCUGAUUAAAUUAUUGAUACGAUAUUCUGGCGUAUGAUUUUCUUCGAAUGGCCAGUUAAAAUUAAACGAGUUUUUUUUCUUUAAAAGAAAAAUUAAACACUGCAUGGGAGAUAUAGAAUUUUUAAUUAUCCAGAAAAGAUUGUUGAAGAAUUUUUUAUUAUUUUUGUGAUAGAAAUUGAUUAUAUUUUUAAUAUUGUGUAUUAUUAAUAUUAAAAUUGAACAUGUUUUAAUUUGUUAACGUUAUCUGUGUUAUUUAAUAUUUUUCAAAAUGGUUUAAUUUUUAUGUAAAAAAGAUCGUUAUUAUUUUAUGAAGAAAUUUUUAACGAAAAGCUUAUAAAAUUCUGUGCAAUUUUUCUUUGUAAUUUAUUUAUUAGAAAACGUGUCUAUUUGAUAUAUUGUUUAAAUUGUUACGUAUUAUCGCCUUCUUCUUUUCUAUCAUUUUUACUUUACUUACUCGGUUCUUUGUUCAUUAAAUUCUGUCCCAUGGGACUGAUUUUGCGGAAUGCAAACUGCUCCGUAGCUAUCCCCACGAAACAAUUAACGUUCCUGACAGGCGCAAAAGUGUUCCAAGAAAGGGGGAAACGUCGCGACACCCCGCAUCAUGAAAAUACAAGAUUGGAAUUGCUUUGCGAUAAUGCCAAUUGUCGCUUGAAGGGUGAAACAAUUUCUCAAAUAUUCAUACAAGGAAACAUGAUCCUCUGGCAUCUCGAACGAUCACCAUGUUGUUAAAGUGUCGUUUGUUUUCUGUUAUUGUUUCGGAAACAGGAAAUGUUCAUUCGUUCGGAACAACUGCAAAUAAUUUUUCGAUUAUGAUAUUUAAAAUUCGCGAUUCCAGUUACAUACAAUAAUUUUACAAUAAUUAUACAAUAAUUUUAUAUACAUUAAUUCUAUACAAUAAUUUUAAUCAUAGAUAAUUGUCCAUCCGUGUUAUUCUUUUAUUUAUUCGUUGUUCUAAAUAAAAUUAGAUUUCGAUUCGAAAUAUAAAAUAUAAAAAAACAUUUUUAACGUUUUAAUGUAUUAAUAUAAAAUUAAUUUUUUCGGGACCAAAUAUUUUCUGGUCCGAGAGAAAAUUGUCCUUUUUAAACCAAUUAUUAAUAAUAGAAACAGAUUUUCUGUCAAUGUAUUUUUGAAAAAAGACCUGAUGUACUAAAAUUUCAAACAAAUAAUAUCUUGUCGAAGUACAACCACACGUAUACGUGUGUAUAUGACAGACAUUCGACCGUGAAAUGGUUCAAUUAAGAAACAAAGUACAUUGAUAACAAUUCUUUCAUGUUUCCGCAAACUUAAGAAAACACAAGAAAACGUAACAGCGCCAAAUAUGUUGCAAUCAAAAGAAUUAUUAAAUAUCAAAACAACGUGAACGUCACGAUCUAUAUAACACGAUACUUUAAAGACAAGAAUCUAUGUUAUUUGAAUCGUUGCAAUUCGAAGACAAGAAAACCAUCGAAUAUAAAGAUUCCAGCUGGAUAAUUUCAUUCUUGCAGGGUGACGCGUGCGAUAGUAUUACAGAAUUCGAAUGGCAAUAAAUUUAUGCUUAUUUCGACAUUUACGCGACCACUUGAGCAAUCUCGUAUUGGAUAUUUCUAUUCAACCUUUGUCUUAUGUAUUCUAUUCGUCUAUUUCGAGGCUACGUGAACCGGAAUGGACGUUUGAUCCGAUGAGACCUGUCUAUCGUUGUUAGAAGCAAGGUGUAUUCGAUAAAAUCAUAGGGUAACGCCGAAACGACAAACAAGUAAAAGAUACGCGAACGAGAUGUUGGUGACACUUAGCUUUAAAGAACAGUGUCUAUUACCUGUGAACGGUGAAAUCGUUUUUAGAUGGAAACGCAAUUAUAUGCGAUAAUAUAGUUCCUGUAUUAUAUAUAUAAAUUUAAUAUAAAUUAUUCUAUUAGUAGCUUUAGAUUAUUCUAACAGUAGUACGUUGUACGAACCAAAAAUUGCACGUCACAUUAAUAUCUGUCGUAAUUGUCCUUUCGAUGUUCAUUCAAACUAACUCUCGUAACUCGCGAGCGUUUAAAAGUCUGCUCGAAAGUUUUGUUCGGGAGAUGUUGAUUCGAGUACUGGCGACCAUCGAAACGAGAGGAAAACAGUAUAUUAUACGAGAAUAUAUGGUAACGUCGAGCAAGAGACAAUCUAAAAAACAACAUUAUCUAACAGAUAAUUAUCUACAUUCACUGUUUCUCUUUUGAUCAAGUCGGAGACAACGUAGUAGAAGAGAAAGAUAGAAGAAAAUUAUCAAUGAAAUUUCGGCAAAAAUGUUUGACGUGUUUCCCUGAGUUUUUAGGAAAGAAAAUCUUGCAUUGGCUUGUUAUUAUAUAAUUUCGAGAUUCGAUUUACAUAUCCUAUUUAUUUUCGCUAAAUAUUAUUAUUAUGGAACUUCAUUUUCAGUGAGACGUUUGUAAUAAAUUCUAUAUUUGAUUCGUUACUAUAAUAACUUAUUUAAUAACGGAGUAUGGAUUAAUAUUAUAAUUCUCGAUUAAAUUAUAACGUUGUUAGUAUUCAUCAAGACUGUGCUUUCAAUUAAUUUAUUGCGAUACUUGAUUUAAACAUGUUGCCAUUUCGCUGCUUCGUGUAAGAAACUAACGCAUAUAAUUAAAAUAUCUGACAUCGUUUCGUAAUAAUUCUAUGCACUAACCGAGAUAAAAGAUAAAUAUCAUUUACAUAAACACAGGCGCAGGUAUUUCUAUACAAUAAAUAUAUAAUGGAGGCGGACACCGAGUAUAAUUUCAAACGUGUUUGAGAAAAAAUGGCAAUUUCAUCAUAUACUUCCUAAACUCGUGACAUAAGUUAUGUUAUGUUAUGUAUAACAAAUGAACGUUUAUAUUGGUAUCUUUAGUGACGCAAUGAAAGUAAGUAGAACCUUUAAGAAACGAAACUUACUUUUGUUUUUCAUUUAUGAAACACACGGUACAAUAUCUUAAAGAAAAGCUCAAACAACGUAUAAAGUAUUAUCUAAAUAUAAUUUUCACUUAUAUGUAUAAAAAAGGAACAGAAAAGUUAUUUUGUAAAUGUUUAUUUAUUGUCGUGUUUAGUUAGGAAGUAUAUGAUAUAUUUAAUGUGUUCAUGAAAAAAUUAGUUCAAAUCACACUCUUCAAAAUACAGUUGACACAAAAAUAUCAUACCACAUUUACGUCGAAACAUAUAGUGUUAAACUUGUGAUAUAAUACAAACAGAAAAUAUAUCAAUAGUUUAAUCUUCAUUAGAUAAGAGAGAAAAACAAAGUAAUGUCUUUUUCUCUGAGAGAAACAAGGAAAAAAGCGGUGAAAAACCAGAAUAAUUGAAUCUUUCUCUCUCAAAAUACGAAGCUCGGAUUCAUAUUUGAAAAAGAGAAAAAGGAAAGUGACAAGAAAAUUACAGUAGCACGACUUUUAAAGCACACAACAUACAGUUUAAUUUCUACUAAUAUCUCUGCGAUUAUAGCUCGAGUUCAAGAAUUGCAAUUGUCCAUAUGAUUUUCCACAACACGUGUACGAUAUAUAGCAUAUCGCAUGAUUUACAUUAAAUCUGUAUAAUUAAUACAAGACAAACCGACGAAUACAAUAGAUGAUAAAGUAGGAAGCUGCUGUAAAUUAAAUUAAGUGUAUCUUAGCUUCCAAAUAAUUUAAAAACAAUUUAAAAACUUACGAAGUUGUCGCUCAGCGAGACGUAGAAAAAUGGAGGAACGCGAAGUCAGGAAUGCAGAAUGUUUCAAAGAUAGAACCCAUGCACUGCCGUGUACCUAAAAUAAUCGACAGUAAUCACUGUAAAGAGUAUAUAACAUCGAAACUGCAGUCGUGAAGUCUACAGACGUAAACAGAAUAGCCUAAUAAUCAUUGAUUAAUUCCUUAAGUUUCGAGAAUGCUUUAUCUAGACGGUAACGAAGUGGUUUUAACUUAUAAAUAAAUGAAACGAGUAAAUAAAUGAAUUUAUAUAAUGUAUACAUACUAUAUGUAUUUAUGAGAACGAUCUAUGUAUACAUGUACCGCGCGUAUAUGUGUAUAUAAAUAUGUGUGUGUAUGCAUGUAUGUGAAUGUAUAUACAUACAUAUACAUAUAUAUAUAUAUGUGUGUGUGUAUAUCGGUUAGCAACUACUUUCAAGACUGUCGAACAUCAUAGGUGUAUAAAUGUUUAAAUAAAUUAUUAUAACGUGGCAAUCAUUCUUUCCUGUAAUUAUUUCUCUAUUUCCUCUAGUUCUUCCUCUUUUCUUUUCCAUUCAUUAGAUGUUUCAUAAUAUGUACAUUGAUUCAUAAAUGUAGAGAUCAUUGGACAUAGACGAUUUCACAAGUUUUAUAAAUGAUAUAUUUUAAAAGUUCAAAAGUUCAGUCUUUUCCAAUUUUCAUAUUUAAUAUUCAUUCGUUUCU